GCGCGGGCGGUUCCGGCUCGGUUCUCCAUUCAUUGGGAUCGCGGCGGGCUCCGCGGCGGGCGGCAGGAUGGCUGCUCGGCUGUCCGCGCUCCUGCCCCUGCUCCCGCUGCUGCUGCUGCUGCCGGGCCGGGGACCACCGGGGGCCCUGGGCAACCGGCACGCCGUGCACUGGAACAGCUCCAACCUGCACCUGCGGCGGGAGGGCUACACAGUACAGGUGAACGUCAACGACUACCUGGACAUCUACUGCCCACACUACAACGCCUCGGUGCCCGAGCACCGGCUGGAGCAGUACGUGCUCUACAUGGUGAAUGCGGAGGGCUACCGCACCUGCAACACCAGCCAGGGCUUCAAGCGCUGGGAGUGCAACCGGCCCCAUGCGCCCCACAGCCCCAUCAAAUUCUCGGAGAAGUUCCAGCGCUACAGCGCUUUCUCGCUGGGCUACGAGUUCCGCGCAGGGCAGGAGUACUACUACAUCUCCACGCCGACGCACAACCACCGCCGGGCCUGCCUGAAGAUGAAGGUGUUCGUGUGCUGCGCCUCCACAUCGCACUCCGGGGAGAAGCUGGCGCCCACCCUGCCACAGUUCACCCUGCGGCCCGAGGUGAAGAUCGAGGACCUGGACAACUUCAACCCGGAGAUGCCCAAGCUGGAGAAGAGCAUCAGCGGCACCAGCCCCAAGCGGGAACACUUGCCCCUGGCCGUGGCUGCCGCGCUUUUCCUCAUGACGCUGCUGGCCUCCUAGCUCCUGGCGCUGGUGGGGGCCCGGCCAGCACGGCUCCACCGAGUGGGGACCCCCAGACCUGCUGCCCCUCCUGAGAACCAGCGGGGGACCACCACAGGACCACCCCGGCCCCUCCACACCGCUAUCUCCCUGCCCAGAGAGCUGCCCCACGGGGCAGGGGGCUGCGGCACCUGCCGAUCCCGGCUGGGACUCGCCCCCCACCCCACCAACAGCUGCGGCCACGGCCACGAGGAUGCGGCUCGGUGCUGCUGUGUGCACCGCACCUUCCGCCGACACCAUUCCACAGCGCUGAGUCCUGCCUGCCAAAUCCUGCCCACAGCCCACACGGUGCCCCAUGGCUGAGGGGCAGUGCCGGGCUGGGGAGCCCAGUGAGGGCCAGGACCCCCAGGGCCGGGCAGCCUGUACAUACCUAUAUAGAGAUCUAUACAUACUGUACAGAGAGUGACUAUAUAGAUAUAUCUAUUCUGUACCAUAGGCAGCGGUGCCGGCCCCGCGCUGGCUUGUACAUAGUCGAACGUGUUGGAUUUUCCUCGUCUUCCGUGAAGACCCGACCUAUGCAAACGCACAGACACUUUUUGGGGAAAAAACAAAACAAAAAAACAAUCUCAACCUUUUUUUCAAGUGCUUUGGCUGGUGAUUUUCAUAUUCUGCUCUUAGUCUAUUAAAAAAAAAAUAAUAAAAGGAUAAAAAAAUGUGACCCCUGUCACAGCAGCGUGCAGCGCUCCUGGCCAGCCGUCGGCCAGCUCUGCCCUCCAGCGCAGCGGGCUCUGGCCGGAGCAGGGGGUCAGGCAGGGGCAGCCAGCACCAGGUGCCGACCACCGUGCCAACCACCUCGCUGGCCCUGGGCACGACAGCUCCAGUCACAGGCUUAGCGCCUCUGCCAGAGAGGGCAUCCCAGGGGGAUGCAGGGUGCAGCUUCCCGCUGGCUCUGCUCCCCAUCGACCCCCUGGCAGUGGCACGGAGCAGCCGGCGGGGACCUGGUGCUGCCCGCAGGAGGAUGGCAUGGACCACAGGCAGCACCCGCAGGUAAGGGCAGUGCAGGGCCGUGGGCAAUGCCCUCAGCACCCAUCCCUGGGGUGCUGGGCUGUGGUGGCUGGGGGCACCCUGGGGAGGAGUAGGCACAGGAGAGACAUCCUCGUCAUCCUCACCAGCUGCAUGGGGUGAGUGACUGUGGGUCGGCACCCCGACGUGCCUGGGAGCUCCAUGGGAAUCCCCGCAUCACCCCCCCCGCCGGCACGUCUGGCUCUGCCGGGCAUGCCAGCUCCUGUGCUCCUGGGGGGACCUGGCACAUGCCUGUCUGCGGCAGCUCCUGUGGGAAGGGACGAUGCUCUGGGCUCCCCCUCCGGUGCCCCCAGCGAGGCAAGGGGGUGUGUGGGGAGGGGGUUGUGCCCUGGGACCCACUGAGGAUAGGGUUGCUGCUACAGGGGGUGCCACAGGCUGAGCAGGAGUUCGGUGCAGCCAGCACCCCAAAACCCCAGUGGGUGCUGGGGAGCAGCCAUACGGGUCCUGAACCUGCACCCCACUGCACCAGGGGGGCCCAGUGCCCCCAGGGAGCGGGGCAGCCGCUCUUCCCAUGAGGCAGCGUGGGACCAGGGGGCCUGCAGCCCCUCUCCCAGUGGGGACUGACGUUCCAUGGACGUGGCCUCGGCUGGGGGGACCCCGCAGCUGUUGCAGCAGGGUGGCUGCUCUCCCCCCACCCCAGCCGGC